GGACUUUGUUUGGUUGUUUAUUUUUUCUAUUAGAACAUCUGGAGAACAAAGUGCAUUUUGUCAAUGCUGGAGGAGUCAAGGUAAUGAUCAAAAUCAUCCAGGAUGAGGAAUUGGAUGAUUAUUUUUGUGGGUCUGCCAUUGCGGCACUUGAUAUAGUGAAAGGUUGUGCUUCUGACAAGUUUGUGAAUGAUGCUUUGGAAUUGGACAUUGCAAUAUUCCCUCCUUCCAUGGAUAUGAUUCAUGGGAGCACUAUGCAUUUUAAAGCAGAAAUUGAAGAACGUCUUAUAUCUCUAAUUGAAUCAUUAACUGGUGGCAUUGCCGAGACGGAAAAACAUAUAUUGUCAAAAAGGUUUGAGGAGAAUGAUGGUGAACGAAUCACUUGGCUUAUGGAGCACUUCAUACGAUAUUCCAAAAAAGUUGAUGCAGCGGCAAAUCAUCUCAAAAAGAAACAGCUGAACUCGUCUGAGCUCUACAAGGAAAAAUUGCAAUAUGGAUUCCCCACGCUUCAGUCCAUUGCUGUUAUUCUUGGUUAUCUUUGGUCGUCCGAGAUAAGUGCUAAGAUUGAAAGUGAAUUGUCUCAUCACCAGAUAGAGAAGAAAGUUGUGUGGGAUAUUCUCUCGGAAUAUCGUGACAACAUUGGCAGCGCGGGCGGAUCAGUAGAAAGUACAAAGACAGUGAUCGAGGAAUACAUUGCUUCUCUUGAGGUUGAAAAUCGUGACCAGAGGAUGAAAUCAUGUACUUGAAAAUCCUGACUAGGGGGUGGAGCUGGAUGCAAACAGCAAGCGGCGACGAAUUGGAGUGCAGUCCAGCAGCAUUUUAUGGCUUUGAAUUUGUUUAAUUAGAGUACGUUUUUAUGGCUUAGUGACCAUUAUUUCGAAGCAUGUUUGGAGACAAAUAUUGAGGCAUUGAUUUGGAACACAAAUUUCGUGACAACAUUUCUUGCUUGGAUUAGUAGCUGGUAAGAUUAAAAUACAAGCAAAGGAAUGUAGAGAAAGAGAAAAAGACGGUGUGACAGACAACUUCAUUUUUUUCAGGGUGAUUUGAUUUCACGAUUUCUAGUGCUUGAGAGUCUGGAAUGGAUGGCCUAGUAAUAUAUUUUGGGCUAGAGAAUAGUGAGUUGGAUGGGAACGAUUCAAGAAAGAGUAAAAGAGUUAUGUUAUCAUGCACACCUGAUGCAGGGUUAUGGGAUUAACAUAAACUGAACAUAUGAUAACU